GGACCAGUACCAAGAGAUGUGUAUCUUCUCCGGAUAGGUUUGGAUUUCGAGAUUUAUUAUGUCUAGUUAACAAACAAAAGUAACAUAAAAUCUCUUUUCUAAUCCGAUUUCUAACAUGUACGUUUAAUAAUUAUUCUUUUCCUCGUAGCUUCGACGUGAUUACGCGUGUUUUACGUGUACAAGUGGGCGUAUUAACCGACGCGACGUAUCGCGGAAAAGUAUAAUAUCCGCGUAGAAGAAGGAAUGUAGCGUUUUGGGUCAAUAUAUCGUUUGUUGAACGACAGCAAAUUUGCUUCGACGUAUGUCAAAUAAAAUGUUAAGAUUUUUGUCACGACGUAGGGCUCGUAGUGUCAGCGGACAGACUACGUCGUCCCAAAUAAAAAAUCAACGAUUGCUCAGCAAUAAGAAUGUUGUUCAAUGUAGGGUCGUUUUGCUUGAUGGCACGGAUCUACCAAUAGAAUUGUCAAAAAAAGCAUUAGCUAGCGACUUAUAUGAACAAGUGUUUUAUAGUUUAGAUUUAAUAGAGAAAGAUUAUUUUGGAUUGCAAUAUACCGAUAGCAAUAAUGUUCAGCAUUGGCUCGAUCCCACUAAGCCAAUAAAGAAACAAGUAAAAAUUGGACCACCAUAUACUUUACGGCUCAAGGUAAAGUUUUAUUCAUCAGAACCUAAUACAUUGCGCGAAGAAUUAACAAGAUACCAGUUUUUCUUGCAAUUAAAGCAAGAUGUUUUGGAAGGAAAACUUCAUUGUCCUCACCAAGUUGCUGUGCAAUUGGCUGCUUUAUCUCUUCAAUCUGAACUUGGUGAUUACGAUCCUGCCAUACAUAGUGCAGCAACAGUAUCAGAAUUUAGAUUUGUACCAGGCCAAACAGAGCAAAUGGAGCUUGAAAUACUUGAAGAAUACGCCAAGUGUUCUGGUCUUAGUCCAGCACAAGCUGAAUCAGCUUAUCUCAGUAAAGCUAAAUGGUUAGAUAUGUAUGGUGUAGAUAUGCAUACCGUUCUCGGUAAAGAUGCAUGUGAAUACUCUUUGGGAUUAACGCCAACGGGAAUCUUGGUCUUCGAAGGCACACAAAAAAUAGGCUUGUUCUUUUGGCCCAAGAUUGGUCGGCUAGACUUUAAAAAGAAGAAACUAACAUUAGUUGUGGUGGAAGAGGAUGAUGAAGGGAGAGGAGAACAAGAACAUACGUUUGUGUUCAGACUUGUCAAUGAAAAGGCUUGCAAACAUUUAUGGAAGUGUGCUGUAGAGCAUCAUGCUUUCUUUCGAUUACGUGCACCCGUUAAAGGUGCUAGUGGACGCCAAAAUUUCUUUCGUAUGGGUUCACGUUUUCGUUACAGCGGUAAAACCGAAUUUCAAACCACUCAGCUGAAUAGAGCACGCAGAACAGUACAAUUUGAAAGACGACCAAGUCAAAGAUACGCGCGUCGUCAAAGCCAUGUUUUAAGGGAACGUCAACGUCAGCAAGUGGAACAACCGCAACCACCAGCUCCAGUAGUUAACAACGAAGAAGAGUCUUUGCAACGUCAGCCGAGUCAAUGUAGUACAAAAUCGUCAGACUCCAGCGUACAUGCUACGUCUUCACCUUUGGUAGAUUCUUUACUGAAAUCACUGGCCAAGGAUCAGCAGCCUUUAGAGCCUAGAAAUCAAACAGCAGUUGCUAACACUGAAAAAGAAACAGAGCCUGUGAAAACGAGUUUAAUCAUCGAAAAUAUGACUAAUCAAACAUCGUUAGUGCCAAAUAAUCAAGUUGGUGGUACCUCUUCACUGCCCCCGCGUACGCCUAUUCCGCCAGAAUCAUUAAAGUGCAAUAUACUGAAAGCAAAGUCUCUAGAGCAAGGAAAAAAUUCAAAUUUGGUUUCCAUCACGUCUAUGGAUGCAUCUCCAGUUAUUACUAAGAACAAUCAGCAUUCUGAUGCAGCAACAAUUGUAUCGGUGGGUGGAGAUAAAUUGACACUGUCAGUAAGUGGUGCUAUGAUGACAAAUCCAUCAGCGGAUGACAACGUUACAGUAACGCAUUUUUCUCUAGACAGUUGGGGACAAAUUGAACAAAAAACAACACAAUUGAAUCCUAAAGUUUCAAAUCAAUCUCAAAAUCCGUUCAAUCCCUUCACUAGCGAUAAUAACAACGAAGUUACUACUGUCUCUGAAAAUACAGAGGACGAUACAAAAACGGAAGAGGAAAAGAAAGCGAAUACAAACCCGUUUAUAGAUUCGAAUCCGUUUUUGGGUUUGCUUAAUCCUUUUAAAGAAAUACAGCCCACGGUUGAAAAGAAAACUGAAGUGGAAACAGAGAAAAACGGAGCGAGAGUCGUGAAAACUGAAGAAAUACAAACAACUACUACGACUCUUACUCACAAGGAUGAUAAUUCGGCUGUUUCCGAUAUCAGUCCUUGGCUAGUAGCCGAUCCAUCACAAACAACGACGGCAGAUCAAACUCCAAUUAAACAUACAGUAAUUACGAGGAAGACUGUAAUCACAACGCAACUUUGAAGUAUUAAGUAAUCAACGAAAUAUAUAAAAACAGAUUACAAUUCUAAAAACAAAAAGAAAACUAUUUAUCAAAUUUGGUCUUCCUUAUAAUAUGUACUGACUUGCUUAAAGUGCCUAUAGGAGUACAAUGUUGCCUAAGUAGGAAAAGAAGUAAUACAAUAAAAUGAAAGAAUAAUUUGACAUAUUAUAUCAGUGGGACCAGUCAGCAUUUAUAUUUUUUGCAAAUUACGAAUAAUUUGCAUUUAUGUAAGUAUUUAAUUUUAUAUAAUUUUAAUUCAUAUAAGCACUUAAUUUGAAAAAUUGUAUUAAUUUUUACAAUUUCAAGAAAUAUGAAUUGUAUAAAUAUAAUUCCUAAUUAAAAAUUUUUUUUUACUUGA